AUGGUGCGCGUGCCCGGAUCUACUAGUCCGAAAGGGGACGUGAAGGUGAAGGGUGAGGUGAGAGAAGACGGAACUCCGCUGGGACCGGCGGAAGUUAAACGUGAAAACACUAGGUCCACCGACGGACAGGCAAUGGGGACGCCUGAGCCGAAGGAUUUCGUUUACGAAGAGAAGUUCCCCGUUAAGGCUCCGAAAGGAGCCGCCCGGGACUCGGUCCAAAAACCGCGUUCCAUUGGACCUGCUGCUAAGCGGGACCCCGGCGUCGCUGAAAAGCGAGGUCGAAACCUGGAGCGCGAGCAUCUGAAGGGGGUCAUCCGCGACCUUGCUGCCCGAAGCGAUGCUCUAGACGCUGCGAUGGACUACAUGGAGGUCGAAGAUGCGAAGAAGAAAGCCGAGAAGAAAACGGAGAAAUUGGAGAUCUCGGCGCUAGCGGUCCAUGGCCCCAGCAACGACACUCACGAUGAAGACAAACGAUUUCGUGAAGACGAAGUCAACUACUUCCGUCAAGAGCUUGCGUUCCUGCUCCAGAGAGAUCCGCUCCUGCGUAAGUUGGGGCUGACGAUGCCAUGGCCUCUCACGGGUCCAGUUCGCAACCCGCGCACGCUAACAAUCCGAGAUCCGCUUCACGCCGUCACGAUGCUGUUCUCCGUGCUCGAAGAUGCUGGUUUCAAGGUACAUGAACACCGGAUCUCCACCGAUGUACGCGAUUACGAUCUGGAAACCACCGUCCUUACGCUCGCGCGGGUGUACGCAGUGUUGCAGAAGCUCGUCCCGAGUGCAGAUGAGUCAUCCGCGCCGUUGCCGACCGGAGACCUCACACCUCCUCGGUUGGACGAUUCGCGGAUCUCCUUCAAGUUUGAAGAUGACGGUGACGCUCUCAUGGGGAGCACUACCUCAACCAAGAAGCCUCCACCGGCCCCACGUGUGUCCCGCCGAGAACGACGUGCGCAAGGGAUCCCAGCGAUCGCGCAAACGAUGUUGGACGCGGGAAGUCUGCGCAAGUGUCAAAUAUUGCGCAGACUCGCCCAGCGAGAGGACCACGUGGGAGGAUCCAGGAGGUUGCAACAGAGCCCGAUCGCCCCGGCGGUAUGGCUGAAGACCUUCUUUACCAGUUUGCGAACGAGCGAGACGAGCCUGAAGACGUUGAGAUGUAACCAGUCACUGCGUCUCCCGCUCGGCCACGUAUCGGGUACCAUUCCCAGACACAACCGGAAUACCAAGGAGAUCUCCAUGACCUAUCCGAUGACCUCGGCUAUGAUGGAGGACUUCAGCGGCAAGGAACAUGACGAAGAAGCCGUCCGAGCCUGGUUCAACAAGGUUAGAACGGCUUUCCGACGGGAUCAGAUGCAGCCAGACGAGAUGUGCUUGACAUUUGCCGAUUUGAUGAUAGACCCUGCGCGCAAUUGGUAUUACCAGCUGAGCCGCACCGCUCGCGCGUCGUGGACUGACCUGGGUGAACAGUUCCAGAUCCACUUUUGCGGUAAAGGGAUCUCCCUCGCGCGCAAGUACUACCACAUGCGGCGCGGGAGUCAGGAAGACCCACUGGAUUACUUAUACCGGCUGAAUCUGGCCGGGAUACGUGCAAACUUGAAGAUCCAUGAUGGCACCAAGGAACAACGACGUGAACACGUCGACCACUACAUCGAUACAGUCCAAGAUGACGAUCUCGCCAGAUCUCUGGUAGUGUUGAGGCUGCCUGACUCAGAAGCUCUCGAAGGCGUCCUGUUGGUCAUGCGACGCCGCCAUCAACGUCGCAAGAUUGAGACCCAAGGUUCGAAAUACCGUCAAAAGGCUCCCGCCCCUGCAGCCUCCUCGAGGGCGGUGCGGGUUGUGACUACCGGUCGCGGACGCCGCGGAGAUCACGAAGGUCUCAACGAGUUCGAGGGCGAAUCAAGCAGUUCCGAUAGCGAAUCUGAAGACGAAAGAGCGCACGUGUUUUUGGCAGCUAGGACGCCUACACAGGGAGAUGGCGAACAGCCAGGGGGGCGCCAAGACCGCGAAGACCAACUGGGGCGCCCGAAGCACGGGACUCGAUGCUCACACUGCGGAUCUCGCAAGCAUACGGAUCUCGGGUGCCGGAAGAGGCUCACGUGCCAGAAGUGUGGACGCAUGGGCCAUCCUACCGACAAGUGCUUCUACGUCUGCAAGUGCUGUGGAGACGUUCACGAAGCAGGUCAGUGUAAAAUCGGCGACUUCUUCGAUGCUGUUCGCCAAUGGUACAACCCGACUCGCCAUGCCGGACUGCUGCCCGAGAGCGUCGAGAAGGCGUUAAACUAG